GACGGACUUACACACACGAAUACCAACAACUGUUUUUCAUAUUGGACAGGUGGAUUACUAUUUUUCACAAUUUCAGCUAGUUUUGAUUUUUCUUGGAAGUCAUGGCGAAACGGAUGACGGGAUAUGGUCUAACUGCAGACAUACAUAGAAAGCGGAAAGAACAAUACAACAAUGAGAUUUACAGAGAGCAGGAGGCAAGACUUUGGAUAGAAGAUGUCACUGGAGUUAAACUGGGUGAAGAAAGGAACACGCCCCUCACGUGGGACGGAUUACACAACCAUCUCAAAGACGGAACUGUCCUUUGCAAAUUAAUUAACACAUUGUCACCUGGUUCUGUGGGGAAGAUUAAUACUUCACCUAUCAACUUUCAUAUGAUUGAGAACAUCGGCAAAUUCCUGUCCGCUAUUGAGAAAUACGGAGUAGCCAAAGAGGACCAGUUCAACACACCUGAUCUCUUCGAGAAUGUCAACAUGCUGGCCGUGGUCAAUACCCUUCACGCGCUGGGCAGGGCGGCACAGAAAAAAAACUACCAAGGAUCUGUCCUUGGUCCUAAGGAGGCCGACUACAACCCACGUAACUUUGAUGAGGAAGUCCUGAACAAAGGCCAGACGGUGAUCGGGCUACAGGCCGGCUCCAACAAGGGAGCUUCCCAAAGCGGCAUGAGCUUUGGACGAACACGCAGUAUCAACGAACCCUAUGUGUCCAGCUGAAGCCGUUUUCCCUAGGAAUUAAAAAUUGUGUAGGUCAUACUUAGUAUAUGAAGUCAUACCGCUUUAGUUUAGGUGGUUAGAACCAUUCUCUACUUAAUAUCUUAAUGUUCCGGCUCCAGUCAUUCAUAGUCUCCGAUAUUUGCUGGCGAAACAUCAUUAAGAGGUUCUGAUGCUGUCUAGAUCUGAAUUUGAUAUUGUGUAUUAUUAAAGAAAUCAAGUAAGGCAACAUCAGUGAAUUUUUGUUUUUGUGUCAGUUUGUUUAUUAAAUAUAACCAGUUGUAGAUAUUUGCCACACUGAAAAUAAUUUUACAAAUCAUUUUACAACUAAUUCAUAUUUAGUGAACAUCUUAAAAAAUGUAUCAAAAUGAAUUGCUAGCAGUAAGGAUUUAUUGUUAGAGCUAUUGUAUAUGGAUGUUAUAGAGUGUUUCGCUACUUAAACUUUGAACACCCAAUAUUAGCAAGAGUACAUGUUGAUGUAGCGUAAAUUCUUUGUGAUUCAUUGACCUAAAACUUAAGUUUUUAUCUGGAUGUUUCAAAGGACAGAUAUGUAUAAUCAUCAUAGUAUGAGGCUGACUUAUCUAGAACAUUCAACAUAAACAAGAAUUUCUGAUCCCUGAUUAUGGCUGGCUCGGCCAACAUGUCCUGUUGUGCAUGGCUCUUCCUGCAAACAUUUGUCUGAUUAUUCUUCAUCAGUAAGGAUUGCGAAGUGCUGUUUUGGAACGUACUGUACCAGCUGUGUAAAUCGUGUAUGCUCAAUGUACCUUAAAAUUGAUGUCGAUUUUUUUUUUUUCGAUUCCACAUUAUUUCUGUAUAAUUCUACAUUUUAAAUUUGUUUACAUUAUACCUGAAAGUCCUACCAGAUUAAGUAGAACUUGUACAUCUUGUUCAGGGUUUCAAUUUUACAGUCAAUUUUAAAAACUUUUUUCUCCUUUCUGAACACUACUUUUUUCGAAUCUAAGUUAAGUGUUGUAAAUCGUUUCUAUGGCUACAGAAUAUAUUGUUGAUCUGAAAAAGGCGAAGUUAGUUGGUUGUGAAAUGUUACAUGUUUGUUAUGGUAUACAAGGAAGGCCAUCCUUGUGAAGUUAAUAGAACUGAAAGGUAGGUCUACACUGCUAGAUGUUUUCUACUAAGGAAUCUAUUUUCCGAUACUGGGUAAUUUCGUGUAUUUGCAGAUGUUUGCGUGCCUUAAUACAAAAUGUCAUCAGCAUUAACAGUGAUGUAUGAAUGAAAACAAAGAUGGGGCCAAAACGUGUUUAUUUGCUGUAAUUCUAUUUUGGAUAUGUAGUUUUUUCCUUUUUCCUCUUCAUUAUUUUUUUUUCUUUUAAUCCAUGUUUUUGAGAAUUCGUUCAAUCUUAGUCAUUAUCAUUUUCCGUUUGAUGAACAUCAUUGUUUGUAAAACUCAUUUUUCAAGAUCAAUCAUUAUCUAGUCUAGCCUUAUAUAUAUAUCAACGCACAUUCUUAUCACAAACGCCUUGUAUUAUUCUUUAAGCUGGCAGUUUUGUCUAAUUAUCUUUCCCGCUAACUUAAUA